CUAGGAUUUCUCCUAAAUGAAACUCAUGUACAUCACACUAAGCAAUCAAACAGUUGCAUCUGAGAUUUGAAAUUCAGAGAAAGCUGUCCGUUAACGGCUACUUCCUGAUCCCCAUAGAAUAUGUCCAAAGCGCACACCGACCCAAAACCUUUUUACAGCCUAACUCGGCUCCCCUCCCCUCCCUUCCACUCCACACAUUCUCCCAAAUCAACUUCACCUUUUCCCCACCAUUAAAAUGCGCAGCAAAGCAAAGACCUCUCACGAAAAAACAUCUUUUCUCAACCUUACAACAUCGUACACGGGCAAACAUUCUCUCCCCACAAUGCCCAAGAAAAAGCCAGCCCUUCUCCACAAACUCUCCUGUCUGCUAAAGAUCUCCCCUUUCUUGGCCAAAUUGAAGAAUCCCACAAUCCCAAACCUCGUAUUUUUGAAGAAAACGAGGAAGCUGAGGAAUUUCAAGCUUCUCAAGCCCUACAACUAUUACAGCUAUGUGAAGGAGUAUGAGUUCUCGCCCUCAAGCACUCCGCUGAUUCAGUUUCAACGGAAGCCGCAGAGUGGGAGGAUUAGUUUCAGAAAGCUGUGUUCCGAUGUUGUCCUCAUCUCCAGGUGUUUGGGAGGUGAAGGCGGGAAGAAGGAGGUUUACUGUUUGGAAAUGGGGUUGGAGGAAUCCUUGGAUUGUGUUGAACCCGGAUUUGGUAGAGAAUUGGCGAGUUAUUGGAGCGAAGAUGAUGAUGAUGAGUCGGUGGAUGAGAGGGCUGAGAGGUUCAUUCAGAGGUUUUAUGAGGAGAUGAGAAGGCAGAGGCUGGAGUCCAAUUUUAUCAGCUGAUUUGAAAAUUCGAUGUUUAUUUGAAUUUUCUGAUUAUUCUUUUGGAUUUAUUUAUUUAU